AUGUCGGCAGAAAUAGACUACGGCUUUGGCGACCUCAUGGACGACCCAGAGGAUUACUGCCCACCUACUCCCCCUCCCACAUCCCAGGUCUUCACCAUGCAGAGCGGCAAGCCCAUAACGCUGCACCUUGUUGGUGCCAGCCCUACCGAGGCUCAUCAUCUCUGGAACGGCGCAAAGAUGAUCGCCGACUUCUUUGAGGAGGAUCCUUCUCGGGUGCGCGACAGGACAGUCCUCGAGCUCGGUGCUGCGGCUGGUCUGCCUAGUCUUGUCGCUGCUAUCCUUGGUGCGCGCAAGGUCGUCGUGACAGAUUAUCCGGACCCAGAUAUCGUCCGGAUCAUGCAGAAGAACAUCGAUGAAUGUGACGAAACUGUCGAGCCCCGUGGCCGUAUCGCCAACACUGUCGACGCCGUAGGCUUCGUUUGGGGUGCUGAUCCCAUCCCGCUGCUCACCCGUCUGAACCCAACAGAUGAGUCUCACAAGGAGCGCUUCGACGUCCUCAUCCUCGCCGACCUUCUCUUCCGACACAGCGAGCACGGAAACAUGGUCAAGACGAUUAAGGAAACUUUGAAAGUCUCGCGUGAGAGUGUCGCCUACGUAUUCUUCACGUCGUACCGUCCGUGGAAGAAGGAGCUCGAUAUGGGCUUCUUUGACAUUGCGCGCGAGCAGGGCUUUGAAGUGGAGCAAGUUUCCGAGCGAAGGCUUGACAAGCCGUUGUUUGAGAACGACCCUGGUGAUUUGGAUGUGCAGAAGACUGUCAAGGGAUUUGCUGUGCGAUGGUCUACUGAGGCGUGUAAGUGA